AUGCAGGCACGUCGAAUCAGAAUCAUCGUGUUAAUCUGGACUGGAGACAAAGACGAUAUAAUUCAGGCCAUCGCCAAAGGUGUCGCAUACCUUCACGAAGGACAAGACGGGAGUGUGAUCCACAGGGAUCUCAAGCCGAGCAACAUUCUUCUUGACGACGAAUUGAAGCCUAAGAUUGCAGACUUUGGCACUGCCAAGCUGUUCGUCGCCGAUCAGUCAGCCCAGACCAGGGUGGUCUCAGCAGGCUACGCAUCUCCGGAGUAUGCGAUGGGAAGAGAGAUGACGCUGAAGUGCGAUGUCUACAGCUUUGGCAUCGUCCUCCUGAAGACGCUCAGCGGCGUUCGCAACGGCUCCAUGCAAACGCUUCUUCCACAGGCAAGCAGCGUGUGUGCACUUGAACACACCAAUCUCAGGAUGGACCAUCAGUUUAGACUCAUCGAUCCUUUGGCAAAUGGCAAUCGCGUGCAGGCAUGGAGGCUAUGGGAACAGUGCAACCUCAUCGAGCUCCUCGACCCUGCCAUGGCGAGACCUGCACCGGACGACGCAGAGCUCCUGUACGAUCUGGAACGGUGCAUCCACGUCGGGCUUCUCUGCGUGCAGGACACGGCGGACGAUCGGCCGACCAUGCCUGAGGUUGUCACCAUGCAGACGAGCAGGACGUCGCAGAUGGAACAGCCCAUCAGGCCAACUCUUGGCGGCAGCAGAUCAGCCAUGCAUCCGCUUCGUCAGACCGACGCCGUCCUGGGUUCAACCACAACCGAUCUCACGUAA